AUGAUAGGUGCUGCUAGCCAAGCUGUAAAUAUUGUAAAACAAAGAAUUGAAAUGAUUAAUAAAGAAGAAAAUAUUUGUAGAUUUACAUUUUUUUUCCUAUAUUCUAAAGAUUGUUCAUUAAUAGAAGAAUUAUAUACUAUUAUUGCCAAGAAUGCUGAAAAAGAAAAAACUUUGAUUUUGAUCAUGCAGCAUUAG